AUGGCGAAGCAGUUAAAAUUUUUUCUUUUUAACUGUGACAACACUUAUAACUUAGAAGUAGUCGAGAAGUUUUUGCUUGACCUUGAGGAGAAAUAUGGCUUCAAAUUCUCGAUUGAUCGUCUCACUUUUCGAUUACCGCAAUUGGCUGAGGUGUGUGAAAACACUAUACCCAAGCUGGUGAUGGACGUCGCUGUUUUUGUUGUUCAUGCAGACGAAUCUCGUCUCUCCAUCAACGAAGACAAGGCUGGUAUUGGUUACGCAAGAAUCUACCGAGCUUUGCUUCAGAAAACAGGUAGUUUCUGAAUGUUGUUCCUUAGUUUGUCUGACUCUGUUAAGGCCGCUGUUUUAAAGUAACAACACAUGUAAUUGGCAAAUUUCAUGCUGUAGAUCUCAAGUAGGAAGACUAAAGACAUGGCAUGCCGUAAUAAGAAAUUUCCCAAUAGCAAACGCAUAAGUAUCAAACAUAAAUAACAACUAAACUUACUGAAGCCACAAUUAUCAGCUGACAUAUGCAUACACAGGAAAGGCGGAAGUGCCAUAUGGCACCUUGCUCUCAAUAUUAGUCAGAAAUUGCAGCCUAUUCUGUGUUUACACGGUUAAGGAUCUUAUUGAUUAAAAACUGCUUCAAUUCGGUUUGUGAAAAAAGAAAUAAAAAACGGAUAAAAAAGGGUAAAUUUAUGAAGAAAGCGUAAGAAGAGAGUAAACUCCAUGGAGUACUUUCGAUCGUCAUGAGGUCGCGUGUCACGGCAUGUCACCCGAAAAGGGCGGUAGUAUUUCUUAGAAGAUUGUCACGCGAUACCAGUUCUUGGAAGAUCUUGCACAGUCAAUGACAAAACCGGGAGCAUUUCUUAGAAAGAAGAGACACAUUGCAGUGAUCACCAAAACCGGAAGUAUCUCUAGAAAGAAAAAACUUUGACACGUGCGAAGGAUCACGGUACGAAACAAAGCUAAACAAAGGUGCCUGUUUCUUAUGGAUCUUUGAUCGAUAGAUGGCUGGUAAGAUGAGGACAUCGCCAUGGAUCAACAGAUCGUUGGAGCUGGUAGAUCGAUGGAACUGUUAUUAAGCCCCGUUUUUUGUUAAUCGGCAUCGAGAUAUCGAUCAGUUUACAUGAGUGUCCAUUGUCACUCCUCUUCACAGGAGUGGUGAAGCACUAGCCACGGAGCAGCCUCGCCUCCCUUACGGUGAAUCAAAACGCUGAAAACUGCUUUUAAACACUGUACAUGAUGUUUCCGCGUCUUUUUUUUUUCAGAUAACAAAGUGUUGAUCGUGAUAGGCGCAGACACAUACUACCAAAAUAAAGACGAAAAAGCGCGGUCUGUCAUCUCGCGCUGGGCAAAAAGGAAGGUGGCUUCGCAGUUCCGUGAAGAGUAUCUGGACGGAAGGCAAAGCUUUAUCUUCUCUUGGAAUGAAAAACACUGA